AGUGGAAAGACAGGUUGCAAAGUUGCAUGAUAACUGAAUAUCUUCCCACAAUACUACCGCGAUAAUAAUUAUCGAAUUGCCCUUCGUGGCGUUCCGCUCAUUCGUGCCGCUGCGUUCGGUAAAAAGUGAGAGGCGAGGUUACCGCAGCACAGAUAACGAGGUUGCAUUUCGCUCGCCAAUAACUAAUUAGUUGUCCCCGGGCUCCAGUCGCGGUAGCACGUCACAAUGGCCAGCGGAAGGAUCGUUGUUUACGGCGGCAGAGGCGCGCUCGGCGCGGCGUGCGUGAAUCACUUCAAAUCGGCAAACUGGUGGGUCGCCAAUGUCGAUUUGAACCCGAAUGAGACUGCUGACGUGAACAUUACUGUUCCUAAGGACGCUUCGUGGGUGCAGCAGGAGGAACACGUGGUGAACGAGCUCGCGGCCGCGCUUCAAGGUCAGAAAGUGAAUGCGGUUAUUUGUGUAGCCGGCGGCUGGGCUGGCGGCAACGCCGCUAAAGACCUGAGCAAGCAAGCGGACCUGAUGUGGCGUCAGUCCGUAUGGAGCUCAAGCAUUGCUGCUACUCUCGCUGCCAAGUACCUGGCUCCUGGAGGUUUACUUGCUCUUACCGGAGCUAAAGCUGCAUUAGAUGCCACUCCUGGCAUGAUCGGCUAUGGCAUGGCUAAGGCUGCUGUUCAUCAGCUCACAAAGUCCCUCGGAGCCAAAGAUUCAGGUUUACCUGAUAAUUCUUUAGCCGUUGCGAUCAUGCCUAUAACACUGGACACCGAGAUGAACAGGAAAUGGAUGCCAAAAGCCGACCACAGCACAUGGACCCCGUUGACAUAUGUGGCUCAACUGUUUGAUAAAUGGAUCAAGGGAGAGGAGAGGCCGCAAAGUGGCAGCUUGGUGGCUCUCGUCACCAAGGCUAAUGUUACUGAAUUAAUUGUAGAAUAAAAUAAUGUUAGCUCAAAGAGAUUAUGAUGAAAACUUAUGAAAAACUGGAGUAAAUGUCUUGCCGUACAUAGUAUGUGAGAUAUAUGUUGCAUUUUAUUUUUGAUGCUAUUUAAAAUAUAUUUGAAUGUUGUGAUGUAUACAAAGUAAUGUUAAUAUCAGACAAUAAGGGGAACAAUCUCAAUAAGUAUCAAAUUAUGUAUUGAA